UGAGGACUGAAAGUGUUUAUACAUGUGUGAGAGCAGAAACAGAGAGCGAGGCAGAAGGUGUGUGUGAGUCACACACACAAGCUCCCAAAUUUGUAACUCAGCAAAAAAUGAAGAAAAAGCUGCUGUCAAAUGCAUUAUCAUGAAUCUUUGUGUUGUGGAUUUAAAAGCUUCUGGAGUAUGAACUCACUGGACUGAAGAAGAGGACAACGCCUGGAGAUCAUGGGAGGUGUGAGUGCUGUGUUAGCACAGACUAACCAUUCACAGCACAGUAACUUCACCCAGGACUUCAAUUCUUCUAAACAAUUUAGUGAUGCAGAACUCGUGCUGCUUGGUGCCGCGAUGGCCAUUCUAGUUCUGGCCAUAGUUUUUGGUAAGUUAGAUUCAAUCGGUGGUCGUCGUUUAUUUCAGAUGUACUUUUACAACCGAGUACAGUUUUCUUACUUCUAUACAGGCAACGUGCUGGUGAUUACCGCCAUCCUGCGGUUCCAACGGCUCCAGACUGUCACCAAUCUUUUCAUUGCCUCACUGGCUGUUGCUGACCUCAUCAUGGGCAUAGUUGUGGUCCCCUUUGGCUGUACCUACAUCCUGCGGGGAGUCUGGCAGUUUGGAAACUUCAUGUGUGAUUUCUGGACAGCAACCGAUGUGCUGUGCGUGACCGCCAGUAUCGAAACUCUUUGCGUGAUCGCACUGGACCGCUACCUUGCCAUCACCUCACCACUCCGCUACCCAGUGCUGCUCACCAGGGGUCGAGCUUUUGCAGUGGUGCUUGCAGUUUGGGCAGUGGCCUCCCUCAUCUCCUUCCUACCCAUAUAUCUGAAGGUGUGGGUGUCACAUGAUGCCAGUGCUCUCCAAUGCUUGGAAGCUGAGGACUGCUGUGAGUUCAACACCAAUACGGCAUACGCAGUGACUUCUUCAAUUGUGUCGUUCUACCUGCCACUGGUGGUGAUGAUUUUCUUGUACACCCGCGUAUUCCAGGAGGCUCAGAAACAGCUGGAGAAAAUCAGAGGAAGGGAAAGGCAUAUGUAUAACUUGCAUUACAAUUCCCAGCUUGCUUAUCCCGACGAUAGCCCUGCAUUAAAUCAACUCAGGACAGGAACUGAGGUGGGAGAACAAGCAGGUGAGGGCAGACUAAACAUGCAGAAUCCGAGUGUAGUCACUGAUAAAGAAGAAAAGGGGAAAGAGAGCAGACUGCGGACAGAAAAAGGGGAAGGAAAACAUUCUGCCACAAAGCGUCUUAAGUUUAGUCUUAAAGAGCAUAAGGCUGUAAAAACUCUGGGUAUCAUCAUGGGAACUUUCACACUGUGUUGGCUACCCUUCUUCAUCCUCAACAUCCUCAGAAACAGCCUCAACCCGCAAGACAUCCAGGUACCCUUUAGACUUCUCAACUGGCUUGGAUAUUCCAACUCAGCCUUCAACCCUCUCAUCUACUGCCGCAGCCCCGAUUUCAGACACGCCUUCCAGGAGAUACUCUGUUUGAGGAGCAAGGGAAGAAGGUGGAGCAUAAGAAGACUAUUGGGAUUAUGCAGAGAGAACAAUGGUUAUCCCAAGGUCCCACAAAGACUGAAUGGGCAGGCAGACUUGACUGGUGUUAUGCAGCUGGACAUGCAGCAUUCUAGAUGGAAGGGCAGUGUGGAGAGUUCAAUUCAAGGCAGCUCACUAAAUCUGGCUCCUCCACCUUCUUGCUCCGAGCAAGUUUUAGAUGUAGCUCCAGGAUCCCUGACCAACGGGCAGGCUAACCGUUCUGCCAGUUGGAGCUGUGAUGAAAGUCUGACUUCAGUUGCUUGACCAAUUAGAGGAUUAGGACUUUACAGUGAGUGUGCAGGAAGCACCAGUUUGUUGAAGCUAAUAAUGUUUGUGUUUGAGACUGCAGUAACUCAACCUUUUGGUCUUUUAUGAGACUGUGUUGUCAGCGUUGCUGAGAUUUUAUUUAUGAUCAAGAAUCUUCUUCUUGCUGGAGUCUUUCUAAUGACAUUUUUCCUCAGCGUGACUCAAUAAGGCAGCUACAUGGGCAAACCAUAGUUAGCAGUGUCUGCUUUCAAAUGGGUCUGAAGUUUGUAUUCAUCACUAAGGCAUCACACUGCAGCUUAUUUAGCAACAAAAAGACUUUUUUUUUUUCUUUCUUUUUUUGGUUCAGGAGCCAUAAACACGGGAAAAGUGUGAAAAGCAGCACCUUGAAAUACAACUCACAAAACACCAAACUGGUAUUACUACAGGGAUACUAUUGGAAGCAAAUAAAAAAAUGUUUUAAGAGUACUAAAUAAUUUAAGAGCAUGCUAAUUCAUUCCAAGGAAUUGAAGUCAUGAAAUUACCUGUUGCUUAAAAAGUGACGAGGAGCGAGCCGCUGGCAACAAGGUUGCUGCUUCAAAUAACUGCACAUUGUCAAGAUCAUUAUUCUCACAAUUACAGUAUCAUACAUCAGCAGAAUGUACCGGAGAGCAUUGAAUGCUCUGUAGGUGUAAUAAGAGUUGUAAAUGUUUAGCAGAAAGAGGAACAGUCGGAACAUAAAAGACUUAAAUGUUUGGGGUUCCAACUAUUGAUUAUUAUCAGUCCGGAUUUAUCAGGUGGAAUGAAAAAGAUUCCAGUAUUCCUCUACAGUUUGAACACCUCCCAGAGCCAACCUGCAGCUUUAAAUCAGUGAGACGAGCACAGAAAAUAACUGCAAGUGUUUUGAUGGAACAUAACAUGUUCUUGCAAGAUUCCAUCACUCAUAAAAUUAAAAAGUAAAGAAAAGGACUGCCAUAAAUUGAGCCUUUUAAGUCAAAUACACAGUGGUUUCACCAGUAUUCCACAAAGCAUUAAACAUGAAAUGGGAAUUUAACACUACAUUUGCAGCUAAAAUAACUUUUUUUUUAAUGUCAGAAACCAAAAUUUAGGCAACACGUGCAGAUAAACCAGGAGCUGAACAAAACUGAGAUAAGAAACUACAAAAGUCUUAUUUGAAAGGGGGGUGGGGGUAUCUUUUAAGGCUCACAGUUUGCCUGUUUUUCAUUCCUGCUAACAAAACUCACAACUGGUCUAUAGUUAUUUAGUGGUGUGUAUUUGUGUAUCAGAUAAACAUCUGAGGCUCAAACUUGUGACUGUCAUGAGUGUUCUCUCCAUGUGUUGGCUUUCUUUCACCACGUAUUCCCUUAAACUAUUUUCCCGCUCUGUCCCGCCACCAAGAACACCACGAGCCCACGCUUUCCCUUUAAGCUGUCUGCUUUGGCUCUGUUAUAGUAUGAAUAGUGCAAUCUGUCAGAAGAGCUGGGAGAUCUUUUUUAUGUAGUUGGAUCUGUUUCCAUAACAGUGUCUGUUAUACGCCCUGUAAAAGCAUACCAAUCAUGUUACACAUAUUUCAAGUGCUUACUUUAUACGCUGCACUCAGCAGAAGUUUUACUGAAAUAAAAAUUUGUUUGGAUUAGUCUUCCUUUUACCAUUUCCCAAAUUCUAAGUGAUGAUGAUGAAGAAUCUGCCCAAAUUCAAAGCAGUAUAUGUGCAAAGAUCUGCUACUUAAAGUUUGAAAAUGACCUCCCCUGUCCAUCUUUUAUGUGCACAAGUAAUCAUGUAAUUUGUGAUGAAAAAAAAUGACUUGAACAAGUUAUUGAGGGUUAAGUACUGUAAAUAUAACCUGCAUGCAUCUGUCUGAAUGUACAGUCUGUUUACAGUAUGUGAUAAUCAUUAUUUUUACAAUGUAAAGCUUGAAACACACCACAGAAUCUUCUUAAUGUACUGUUACGUGUGUGAGAUCUGAAUUACUGCAGUUUCCAGAUGGGUGUCUGAUGGGUGUCUGCACUGGGGUUCAAAUUCAUAAGUUAUGGUAAAUAAGACAGGUACAAUAACUUUGUGGUGAUAGCUGACCUUACUGGAACUGACUGUGUGAUAAAUCUUAAAUUACACUGUAAAAAAAAAAACUAAAAAUACAGUACAAUGUGCAGUUUUAAAAUUUUUGGAAUUCUUUUUUUAAUGGAUUUUUUUUUCCUGUUUUUUUUUUUUUUAAACACAUAUUGAAUUUUGCUAUUUGCCAUUUACAGAAACUUCAUUUAAAAACAAACAAAAACAAAAAAAGGACAAUGCACAGGCAGAAAAUUACCUUACAUUUUCUGUUUUUUUGAAGGAACUUUUCUUUUACAGUGUAUAUGAGUCCCCCAAAGUAACAGAUUUCACAUAUCUGAUUCAUACAUAUGAACCUUAGAACAGAGCACCAAAACAUGAGACUACACACAAAGAAAGAAAGAAAGAAAGAAAGAAAGAAAGAAAGAAAGAAAGAAAGAAAGAAAGAAAG